GCUCAAGCCCCCUUGGGCUCGAGUAAUUCGACUCCGGGCCUGUGCUCGCAAGGGCGAGCCGGGCUCUCGCGCACCCCCCUCCUUCGCUACGGCCUCCCGUCGCCCGGCCUCCUCCGUCGGCGCGCCGCCAGAUCGUCGCCGCGUCGGCCCCCGCCCCCUGCCCGGCGCGCCGUGCGCGGGCCUGGCGGGGCAUGACGAGCGUGCUGGUGCACCUGCUGCGGCUUCCGACCGACGACCCCGCCCUCGCGCACUUCGCGGCCGCCGCGGUGCUGAGGCACCAGGAGCUCCGCGGCGGGGCGUGCUGGUCCAACGAGGAGAUGGACGAGCAGCGCGCCCUGGUGCUGCGAGCCUCGGCCUCCCACGAGCACGGGCCUGCGGGUCCAGAGGCCCCGGGCGCGGUGUCCGAGAGGCUGGCGAACAGAUUCAUCUGCGGGCAGAUGCUGGACGCCGCCCAGAAGCAGGAGCCCAUCCCGGACCGCGACGCCCUCGUCAUGAAGGCCGCGGAGUUCCUUUUCUGCCAGAGCUUCUCGUGCGUCCGGGAGGUCGAGAUGGCCAUGGCUAGAGAAAUGGCUGGCAUCUGAGAGGCGCAGGGCCAGCCGGAAUCGUCCGCGCACUGCCGUAGGCACGCCGAC